ACAGAACUAAAUAAAGGGAGGUAAGUCACACGAUCAGAUCUCUAGAAAUGAGAUACAAUUAGUUGCUUUUCCAGCACGUUGUUGAUCUUAGCUUUACCCAAACAUGCCUAGACGCAAGACGAAAUUCAUCGACAAAAAGAAUGCAGUUACUUUCCAUCUUGUGCAUCGAAGUCAACAAGAUCCUAUGCUUGUGUCUGAAGAUGCUUCUCAUUUUGUACUACUGCCUUCUGGUAGGAAUAAGAAAGAGCAGCAAUUGGAAGAACAAAGAAAAUAUGGCGUUUAUUUUGAAGAUGACUACAACUAUCUGCAACAUUUGAAGGAAGCAAAUGAAACUUUGGAAAUAGAUGACACUGAAACAUUUCAGAUGAUAAGCUCUGAGCCAUAUAAAACUGCACCUGAUGUAAAGCUACACCUGCCCUCAACUGUAUUUAGCAGUGGUGUGGAGACUAAAGUUGGAUUAUUAAACAAAGCUGCUCCUCAGUCAGGACCCAAGGUGGAUUGGGAUCCAGAUAUUGUUGCAGCUCUUGAUGAAGAUUAUAAUUUUGAGGAUCCUGAAUGCGUUUUAGAUGAUGACUUUAUGAUGAUGGCAAAUAAAAAGGACAGUGAAGAUGAGGAUAGCUCAGACGAAGAUGAUUCAGAUGAGAGUGGUUCAGAUAUUUCUUCUAAUCUUGGAGAUAUAUCUGGAUCUGAUGCACAUUCUGAUGAUGAUUAUUUCAUGGAAGAAGAAACCAAAUCUCAUUUCACGAAUUACUCAAUGACAUCAUCAGUGGUGCCAAGAAGUGAAGCACUGAAGGACAUUGAUGAUCAAUUUGAAAAGUUCUUUGAGCAGUAUGAGGACACUGAAAUUGGAGCAUUAGAUAUGGACGACAUUGAAGGCAAUAUGGAUGUGAAAAGUGAAGUGAUGUCUAAGAUGAUUGCGAAAUACCAAGAGAGCAAGAUGCCACAAAAUCUUGAUGAAGUUUUAAAAAAUACAUCUCUCGAUGUUAACAAUCUGAAUUUGUCAUCUGAAAGUGAAGGAGAAAUUGAGGUUGAGGAGAAAACUGAAAAAUGGGAUUGUGAAUCUAUUCUCAGUACAUAUUCCAACUUGUACAACCAUCCAAAACUGAUAUUAGAACCAAAGAAGGAACGGAAAAUUAAAUUAAACAAAAUGGGUAUUCCUGAAGAAGUUUUCUAUACACGUGGAAUUAAAUUAAAAGACCUUGAAGAUGACACAACUGCCUCUGUAAUGUCUGUAAGUACCGUGAGAAAUAAGAAUGAGAGUAAAGAAGAUAAAAGGGAACGAAAGACAACCAUUAAAGCUCAAAGAAAAGAGAGAAGAAUAGAAAAGAAACUAAACCAACAGGCAUUUAAAGAGGCUAAACGGAAACGAGAGGCAGAAGUAAUAGCCAUGCAGAAAAAUAUGAAAUCUGUUAGCAUAGCUUAAUAUGUUUUUGUAAGUUUGUAAAUAAAUUGUUGAUUAAUUUGAA